AUGGAGAAAAUCCAAGCUCUUCAAAAAGAGUUAAAUUCCUUUCAAAAUCAAAUUGAAAAAUGCGAAAAAGGAUCAGAAUUAUCAAAUGAUCCGAAAAUUCCACAAAAAAUUGCAGAACUCAAGAAAUCAAAUAAUUUUGAUCAUAUAAGCAACUACUUUAAUGAACUAGCAUACCAAGGAAAUAAGGAAAUGAUAUCAAUUGCGUGUAAUGAAGGACUUUGGAAAAAGACAUUUCAAAGAUCUGAUAUUGAUGAAGUAGAGAACGUUCUUCAUGUUGCAUGUGAUAAAGGUAAUCUCCAGCUUGUUAAAUAUAUGAUUGAAUGUGGAUGCGAUAAAGAAGUAAGAGGAACUAUGAAUGGAGACACUCCACUCAUUCGUGCAGCACGAAAUGGUCAUCUUGAAAUUGUUAAAUAUCUUGUCUCUGUUGGGGCCAAUAUAGAAACAAUGAAUAAUGAAGGAAAUACUCCACUCGCAGUUGCAUCGUCACUUGGAAAUGUUCAAGUUACCAAAUAUCUUUGUUCUCUUGGAGCUGAUAAAGAAGUAAAGAAUGAAUUUAGUCAGACUCCCCUCAUUUUGGCGGCAAUGAAUGGGCAUGCAGAUGUUGUUCAAGAUUUUAUCACUAAUGGAGCGAAAACAGAUGUGAAAGAUAAAAAUGUAUAUACCCCACUCAUUUUGGCAAUAAUAAAUGAUCAUCUUGACGUUGUGAAAUGCUUCAUUCACCCUCCAAUAAAUAAAAAAUUAAAGAAUAAAGAUGCAGAAACUUCACUCAUGAUUGCAUCAGAAAAGGGUCGCCUUGAAAUUAUGAAGUAUCUUAUCUCUAUUGGAGUUAAUAAAGAAUCAAAGGAUAAUGAUAAAAACACUCCAAUCAUUUUGGCAUCGCAAAAUGGUCAUUUGGAAAUUUUUAAAUAUCUUAUCUCUAUUAAAGCUAAUAAAGAAGCAGAGAAUAAACUUGGAUAUACACCGCUCAUUUGCGCAUCACAAAAUGGUCAUUUGGAAGUUGUGAGAUAUCUUAUCUCUAUUCAUGUCAAAAAAGAUGCAAAGGAUCAUAAUGGGUGGACUGCACUUAUAUGGGCAUCAAAUAAUGAUCAUUAUUCAAUUGUUCGGGAACUUUGUGAGAGUGGAGCAUAUAUAGAUGCAAAUUUGUCUCAUAAGCAGACUGCAUUAUCUGUUUCCAAAAAUGAAGUUAGAAAAUAUCUAAUUUCUCGUGGAGCCAAAUAA